AUGCUGGGCCAGCUGGGCCAGCGGGUCGUGUCGGGGAUGGGCGCGCCUCCGUGGGCGGUGGUGCCCUGGGCCCUCCACGCGGCUGGCUCACGGUUCGUGGUGGGGGCAAGCGAGGGGGCGGAGCAGCCACCCUGCGCCUUCAACCCCACGCUGCUGGAGUUCCUGGUGUGUCCGCUCUCCAAGAAGCCUCUCGGAUAUGAAGCAUCCACAAAUGAACUGAUCAAUGAAGAGCUGGGGAUAGCUUAUCCAGUCAUUGAUGGGAUUCCUAACAUGAUACCACAAGCAGCUAGAGCAACGCAUCAACAGACAAAGCAAGAAGAAACAGAGCAGCACUGA